AUGGGCUUCUUCGGCAAAGAAGAUCCCCCUGAAGACAUUAUCGAACAAGCCCCGACCAACGAUACCGAGAAACAGCUACCGUCACAUCAUUCCGAUGAGAAUGACACGGCGUUACCUCCGACUCCGGUCGUGCACAUCGAUCUGGCAGUGGAAAAGCGCAUGUUGAGAAAACUGGAUUGUCGACUUCCGUUACUCUUGGGGUUUUUGUAUCUGUUAGCUUCGCUGGAUCGGAGCAAUAUCGGAAAUGCCAAAAUCGCGGGCAUGGAGGAUGACCUCCAUCUCUCAAGUGAUGACUAUUCAUGGCUCCUAACUAUCUUCUAUAUCUCCUACACCGUGUUCGAGUUCCUAGGAAUCAUGUGGAAGAUCGUUCCGCCUCAUAUAUGGGCCGCCGUGGCUGUUUUUGGAUGGGGCGUCAUGGCCGUCUGUCAAGCAGCGACGCAAAACUGGCAGGGUAUGAUGGCCUUACGUUUCCUCCUGGGACUCUUCGAGGCGGCCUUUGGCCCCGGAGUCCCCUACCUGAUGUCGUUCUUCUAUCGUCGGAAUGAACUGGGACUGCGGUGUGGAUUGUACGCAUCUGCUGCUCCGUUGGCUAGCACGUUCGCCGGUGCACUCGCAUAUGGAAUCACGUCCGGGCAUCCCCUGUUGACUAGCUGGCGGUUGCUUUUCCUUGUCGAGGGUGUUCCUACACUCAUUGGUGCGGUGCUUGCCUGGUUCUACUUACCCGAUGGUCCAGCUUCUGCGAAUUUCCUGACAGCAGAGGAGAAAGAGGUCGCAUGCAUCAGGAGCUUGCGCCGCGGGGGUGAAGUGGAUCGCGUGGACGGGAUCGACUGGAAGGACCUGGGGAUGACUUUGCUGGACGCGAAACCGUGGCUCACUGCCUUCAUGUACUUCAGCUGCAAUGUCAGCUUCUCCUCCCUCCCCGUCUUCCUCCCCACUAUCCUUCAAGACAUGGGCUUCACCUCCAUCCACGCCCAAGGCCUCACCGCACCUCCAUAUUUCCUCGCUUUCCUCGUGACGAUUCUCAGCACCUGGCUAGCAGAUAAAUUUCAGCAGCGGGGCCUCAUGAUCAUAUUCCUAUCGGUAAUUGGCGCAGUCGGCUACGUUCUCCUCGCAACCUGCACCGCUGUGGGUGUCCGCUAUCUGGGCGUUUUCCUCGCCGCUGCGGGUGUUUUCCCCUGCAUCGGUAACAUCCUCCCCUGGGUCCUUAAUAACCAAGGCUCCGACAGCCGUCGCGGAAUGGGCAUCGUCCUCCUUAAUCUCAUCGGACAAUGCGGACCAUUCCUAGGCACGAAUAUCUUCCCAUCUAGCGAAGGGCCACGCUAUAUCAAAGGACAAUGGAUCUGCGCGGCAUUCAUGUUCUUCACAACAUUUUUGGCACUGAGUCUGCGGUGUUUGCUAGCUUGGGAGAACUGGAGAUUGAAUAAGAAGUAUGGGACAAGGGAGGAGAGGGAAAGUAGCGAGAAAGGGGUUAUUGCGGAGGAAAAUUAUGGAGCAGAUUUUCGCAGCAACGGCAUCCGCUUCUCAAUAACCAACGCCAACUCCCACCAACUCCCAACCAUCUACCACUCCCGCGCUGGAAUCUCCCUCUACGACGCUCAAUUCUCAUCCCCCAACAACACGCGCCGCCCCAUCCCCGGCAAUAUAAUCCAAGACGUCCUCACCCGCCUCGUCCACUUCCAGACUGUCUGCGAGGACUUCGAUGUACCGCCAGAGAAUGUACAUGUGCUAGCGACGGAGGCUACGCGCACGGCGCCAAAUUCUGAGGCAUUCAGGGCGCAGAUUCGAGAACGAACGGGGUGGGAGGUAAGGAUGCUCAAGAAGGAGGAGGAAGGGAGGAUUGGGGCGAUGGGGGUUGUUGCAAGUUGUGGGAAGCCGGCUGGUGGGUUGGUUAUGGAUUUGGGGGGUGGGAGUACGCAAAUCACUUGGAUUAUGACUGACAGGGAUGGGGAAGUUAGGAUGAGUCCGCACGGUUCGUUUAGUUUCCCCUACGGUGCAGCGGCGUUGAAGAAUAGGUUGGAGCAGGUUGAGGGAGAUAAGAAGGGAAGGGAGGUGUUGAAGGGUGAGAUGGUGAGGGAUUUCCAGCACGCAUAUCGAGAUUUGGAUGUACCAGAGGGGCUUUUACAGAUGGCGAAGGAGCGCGGUGGGCUUGAUUUGUAUCUUUGUGGUGGUGGGUUUCGCGGUUGGGGGUAUUUGCUCAUGGAGCAGGCCUCUGUGAAUCCGUAUCCGAUUCCUAUCAUUAAUGGAUUCCGGGUUCGCAAGAAAGUGUUUCAUGAUACAACGUCGGUGCUAGGGACAGUGGAUGCGGAUACCAAGAUAUUUGGCGUGUCGAAGCGACGAGCAUCGCAGGUCCCGGCUGUGGCCUUCCUGGUCAAUGUGCUCGUCGAUGCACUGCCGGACAUCCAGAACAUCCAAUUCUGCCAAGGAGGCGUGCGUGAGGGCUUUUUGUUUGAUCGACUGCCUGUGGAGAUCCGUGCUGAGGAUCCCCUCUUAGUAGCGACGAGGCCCUAUGCGACGGCGUCAGCAGACGUCUUUCAGCGUCUCUUGUCAUCAGUCUUGCCAUCUACCCCACCACCAGAGGGGUUGACGCAAGUGCCUCCCUCUUUUUCCCCUCAUCUGCUCUUUGCAUUGGCUAAUCUACUCUUCGCCCAUGUCACCAUCCCCAAAGAGUCCCGGUGUGCAACUGCCCUACAUAGCACCACCACAGGCCUCCUAGCAUCCACCAACAGCCUUACCCAUACUGACCGGGCCUUACUUGCCCUCAUACUGUGCGAGCGCUGGGAUGGAGAACUGGCUCCGACCGAUCAAUCACUUUACACACGACUGAGCCGGUGUGUGUCCGCAGGGGAAGUUUGGUGGUGUCGAUACUUGGGACGGGUAGCCGCUCUGAUUGGCGAUGUGCAUCCAGCGGGUAAAGUCUCUGGAAAUGAGACCCAGUGGAGGAUCCAAUUUGACUCGCAGUGGGACGAGUUGACCAAAGAGAAGAAAGGCGAGAGGCAGACUGUGCUCCGGUUGCGGGUGAGGUGGAACGGGGACGUCAUGCGGGAUAGCUCGUACAGUCUGGAUGAACACACCGGGAAGAUCGAAAAGGUCGGAAAGCAAAAGCAUUGGGUUGAGGGGAGCGGCUUAAAGGUCCAGGUGGAGGUUUGA